GUCUCAAGAUUCAAGAAAGUCCCGCCAAAACUCUCUCUUUUUCUCAGUCACUCUCUGGCCAUGGAGGAACGUCGUCUUCGAUCGAUUUUAUGGAUCCUCGCCGGAAGAUCGACGGCGACAACCGUUCUGUUGACCAUUUUGUUCUUCGUCAUCCUCUCAGUACCAGUGUUCCCAGUCGCCGGAAUCGCAGAAACAGAGCUCGAGACCGCCAUUGACGCCCUUCGAUCGAAGGGCUAUGAACUCUUCGGCAAUGCCAUCGAAACCUCCGAUCUUAAGUACGAGCUCCUCGACGGCGGCGACUCUUUCACCUUCUUCGCUCCCACCAACUCUACCCUCUACCAUCUCGAUCUGGUGUCACAGGCUUCAGAUUACAUUCAGACCUUACGAUUCCAUGUAUCCCCUCAUCGUCUCACCAUCUCCGAUCUUCAAAUCGCCUCUAUGUCUCAGGUGCCUUACCUCGACAGUCUGGUCCCUAAUCAUAUUAUCUUUAUCUCCAUUAAUCACACCAUGGAGAUAAACUUCUCCGCCGCCCUGAUCGUCGACGACGUUCCGAUUUCUAUUCCCAACCUAUACGUGGGUCCCAGCAUUGUCGUACAUGGACUCGAUGGAAUUCUUGCUGUCAGAUUUCCGGAAGGGAAGAUCGUUUCUGGCGAUUCGAUUAUUCUUCCUCCUGCAAUGUCUCCCGCUCCCACUUCCAUCGACUAUUUGUGGCCACUUCUGUCUCCGACGAUGCAAGAUUUCAUAACACCUUUAAUAUCACCAGUGCCGACAAUGCAGGAUUUAACAACACCGGCAAGUUCUCCAGCGCCAGUUAACGUGAGUUCAGGAUUUAGAAAGCGCGGGCAACACCAUGAGCAUCGCAGGGGCAAGAAACGGCACGGGAAGAAAGUUAGGAGCGACGGGGGCAGGCGUCAGUAA